UCAGUAGAUUUUAGUAUAAACAAUAUCCAAUUUUGCUUUCAAGAUUUUAAAUAAAGCAAAAUGAGAUCUGUCUUAAAUAAAUCUAAACAAAAACCUAAAAUAUAAUCUAUAACUACUAUUAAAAAUAUUCCCUAACCAAUCACUCAGUAAACUAUUAAAGAGUACAAGGAAGGUUGGACGUAGACCAUAGAACCUUAUAUAACUAAGAAGAGUUCAGAUAAUGAUACUUCAAAAGAAUAUGAUUGCGAUUUAAAUUUAUUGUAAUAAAAUUUUAGCUCCAUAGCUGCAACCACAGAAAAGGAGUAUAGAUAUGGAUAAUUAUCUCCUUAAUGUAAUUGCUAAAUAAAAUCAUAAAAAGGUAACUCUAUAAAUAGUUAAAAUGAUAGUCGUUUGAUAAAUUGGAGAUAAUUAUCAUUUAAAAUUAAAGAUUUAGAAGAAUAAAUUGUUUAAAUAAGCAUGAAAUAUUAAAAAAGAGAGACCCAUUUGAUUAAUGAAUUAGAGUAAAAACGUAUUAAAUGGAUAUUAAAAUAUAAUGAGCUGAAAAAAGAUGCUGAAAACAUGAAAGAGUUCUAUGAAAAAGGCAAAAGUGUAUGGAAAUUCUACUUGACUACUUUGCAUGAUGCACUUACAGCCUUUUAGUCUUUUUAGCAAGAGUAAAAUACCAAAAAUAUUCAAAUACUCCAAUAAGUUGUAUCAGAUAUUAAUGAAAUUAGCAAUUUUAUUAACUCAAACUAGUAUAGCAAUUCUCUUAAUACCAAGGGAAAUUUAAAUGAAAGUUAAUUUUAAUACACAAAUAGAUUUGAUUCUCUUCCUACAUCUUGCUCAAGGAAUUUAGAUCAAACAUCAAAUUAGCUGAAUUCUAAUAAUUAGCUUUAUCACUUCAACUAGAAUAGUAACAAUUAAAAUAAUGUCUCACAAAAUUCACCAAAUUUUCAGUAAAUAUGUUCUAAAAUCAAAAGUUCAAUAAAGAAGGCAGACGAGGUUUAAUAGAAUUUAAAUUUAAACUCUAACUCAAAGAAAUAUAAUAAGUGUUGGACUCAAUAAUAAAUCUAAAUUAUGGAGAGAAUUGAAUUAUUACUUAAGUAAAAUUAAAAAAUAUCUUUUAUCUCUUCUACACCUGAGCAAAGUUCUAUGGUUGGAAGCGUGUAAGAGGGAUCUUCGAUGAAAAAAUAGUCUUUCGAACAAAAAUAAUAAUCAAAUAUUUUGAGCUAAAUUAUAAAAAAUAAUAUUUAAAUUUAAGAUUCUCAAAUUAAACAAUAAAAGAAGAAGGAUUCUACUUCCCCUAAAAGAAAUGACUUUUUUAGUUAAGCAGCUUUAUUUUCACCUAGGACAUUGAAACGAGAAGUAGAUGGUUCAUAUUAGUUUUAAGUCUCUAAUAUUGACGAUGACGAUGAAUUUGAUAAGAAGAGUGAGUCAACUUAAAAGGAGUUUAUAGUCAACGAAGAGAGUAUAAUUUAAGAAGUCUAGAAGAGGAAAAGUUUUUCUUCUCAAAAGAAAUAGGAAAUCGAAUAAAGAUAUUCAAAAGAUCUAUGCAUCAUUAGGAGAUUAUUUUAGGAUGUAUCUACUUCUUUACAUCUAUCAGAUUAAUUAUCAAAUAGUUGUGGGAAUAAGUAUGAGGAAUCUAUUUUAAUAAAAAAUUCACCUACAUUAGCAGAUGAAGGUUUGCUUCUUUAAUCAUAAAAUCUAUAGAAUGGCUUACAAACUCCUUUAAAAUCGACUAACAAGAACCAGAAUGGAAACAAUAACAAUAUUAAUUCAAGUGCAAGUUAGUUGUUAAAAAACAAUUAACUCAUAUAAAGCGUUUAAAGUAUGAUAGUACCAAGUUUUUACACUAUAUCAGAUGCUAAAUCUCAUUUAUAGACAUAGAGGAUACUAAACAAUAUUCAUACACUUUAAAAGAGUGAUAUUGACAACAAUAAUUUAACUUACUCGUAAGACGAGGAUGGUAGCAUAUAAAAUUACAGUAACUUGAUAAAUUCACGUAAAAGCACAAAUCAAAUCGCGAAUAUGCAAUACGAUUCUAUAUUUACGAACCCUAUUAUAUAGUCAGAUACAAAAUAAAACACUAAUCACAAGUUUGAUGAGAAAUUCAGUAACUUAUUUUAAAUAUAAACUUCUUUGAAGGGGUUAAAAUAAAAAACAUUGCAAUUAGAUAAUUUUUAAAAUAAUUGUAAAGAUAUUGAUGAUUCAAGAUCUGAGCUGACAAUAAAAGAGGAUUAUUCAAAUAGUAAUUAUAAAAAUUAAAAUAAAUAAUAUUUUUGA